GGGGGAGGGCGUGGCGAAAGGAACUGAUAAUUUUUUUUUUCCCCGGCCGGCCCGGGGGGGCUGCUCUCCUGUCAGUUUCAGGCCGCUGCGCGUCGCUCGGCGGUCUUUGCCUGCCUCGGUUGCAACGUGCGCGUGAGGAGGAGCAGCAGCGGCGAUGCCUCCGCCGCCAUGAAGGAAGCCCGCGAGGGUCAGUGAAUUGGCGGGGAUUGGUGAGGAGUAGCUGAGGUGGCGGAAGGAGAAAGAAAAGACGGCAGGCGAGCAUGCAAAGGAACAGGCGGGCAAAAUGGAGAUACGGAGGGGAAGGAAAGGAGCGGCAGUGGACCGGGCUGUGCCGCAGGCAGAACAGUUUGAAGACCUGCUCCAGAAUGCUACUUAUACAGAGAAAAUCUUGUUUUGUAUCAUAUAGGAAAGGAGAGGAGAAUAUCUAUGUGAGAACACAACAAGCAGCAUGGCGGAUUCAGAAGACCUUUUGCUUAACAAGGCAAAGGCAGAUCAAGCUGCUAAUCGCAUUGUAAAAAUUAACUCAGGCAAACAUUACUUAUGUGGUUAUUGUGCAGCCAUUACAAACAUUGCAGUAACUUUCCCAAUCCAAAAAGUCCUCUUUCGUCAACAACUGUACGGGGUACGAACCAGAGAUGCAAUAUGUCAGCUACAGAAAGAUGGUAUCAGAAAUUUGUACCGAGGUAUCCUUCCUCCGUUGAUGCAGAAGAGCACAACCUUGGCAUUGAUGUUUGGCCUAUAUGAAGAUUUGUCUUCUCUGCUCCUCAGACACAUAAGUGCGCCUGAAAUCUUUGCCCGGAGCUUAGCAGCUGUGCUUGCUGGGACCACAGAAGCUGUCUUGACCCCUUUUGAGCGUGUGCAGACACUUCUGCAGGACUACAAACAUCAUGACAAAUUUACAAACACCUACCAAGCAUUCAGAGUUCUUCGAGAGCAUGGGGCCAGGGAAUAUUAUCGGGGCUUGGUGCCAAUCCUACUUCGGAACGGUCCUAGCAAUGCUCUCUUUUUUGGCCUGCGAGGGCCCAUCAAGCAGUGCCUGCCAGAAGCAACAACUUACAGUACUCAUCUGAUCAAUGAUUUUAUAUGUGGAGGGGUAUUGGGUGCUAUGUUGGGGUUUCUGUUUUUCCCUGUGAAUGUUGUCAAAGCCCGCAUGCAGUCACAGAUUGGUGGGGAAUUCCAGUCUUUUUCCACAGUCUUUAUGAAGAUUUGGCUAGAGCGUGACAGGAAACUGACGCAUCUCUUCCGAGGGGCCCAUCUAAAUUAUCACCGGUCCCUGAUUUCUUGGGGAAUAAUUAAUGCAACUUAUGAAUUCUUGCUUAAAUUACUAUAAUUGGUUAUUAAUUUUCUCUCUUUGUUUGAGCAUCGGACAAUCCUGAGCUGUCAGUUUCCAGGAUAUAAUGGAAAACACUCGCAAGUAUUUCUGACUCCAUAACAUUCGAGAAAUUAAAUUGCCAACAAAUUGUGGUUUCAGUUGGUAUGGAUAUCAGCUAUUUAAACAGUGCCUAACUAGUUCAAAAUAUAAUUGUAUUCAGUCUUGUUCUUGGCCUUCCAAUCUAUGGAUGUGGCAGCUGUAUGACUAAAACAAGUUUACUUACUGAGAAGUUUCCUGAAAUAUAAAGCCAGAGGGUUGAUUCACUCAAAGCAUAAUAAAUUAAAUGUCAUGCUGGCCUAUGAAAAUUUGCUCCAGGUCACCUUCAGCUUUAUUCAACUAACACUCCUGGUGAUCCAAAGAAUGCACUUCAUAGAAAAUAGCAGAGCAAAAAAACCUGAUAUUUAAUUUGUUGCUUGACCAUUUGUAACAAAUGGUAGCAUUUUUUUUUGUUGUAAUAAGUGGACCUUGAGUUUCCAUGAAGCUUCAUGUUCCCCCUCUUUGUUUUUUUUUUUAUGAUGAUGAUGAUGAUGAUGAAUAUUAUUGUACUUUGAAAAGAGACUGCCAAAUGUAGAAGAGAAAACUCUUGUUCUAAAGCAGGUUCCAAGUAGUUUUGGAGCACUACUGAUGCAAAUGACAUCUUGUCAAAAUUAAAUUUUAGAAACUGGUGGAUGUAUCGCUACUAUUAAAUAGUGGGUGUUGACUAUAGAGGAAAGAGAAAAGCACUGAAAAGCUUUAAAAUAUUCUUCAUCUUGCGCUGUCACUGAAUUUUUCAAUGUCAAUUAGGUAUUUAAAUUAUUAAUUUUGGUGAAAUACUCUAGUCCAGGGUGGUGAUUUCUUUUACACGCAUACAUACGCACACAUACACACAGACAACCUUUUCAAGUUUAGAAAUUUUGGUACAAAUUUGGUAAACUAACCAAAAGUAAACAGGAUAAAAUUCCAGGUACUAUUUACUGGUACAGUACAAAUGAUUGAAUGAGUUAUACUCUACAUCAACCUAAGGUCUAGUGAAGCAGAAUUGUUGCAUACCAAAAUGAAAUGUUUAUUGCCAUUUUCCACAGUAUUUCACUCUGUUGAAAAAGAAAUUACAGAGCUAUUUCACACACCACUCAGGGGUGUUUAUGCCGAGGAUAUAUAAGUUUGCAAAAGGCUAGCUUGCCCUUUGCUUUUUCUUUAAUAUAGAUUUGUCUUCAUACAAGAAACUCUGACAUAAGAGAUUCAUCCAUCCACUCUUAAUAAGUGACAAAAUUGCCUAAAUCCCUCCUUUAUAUAUAGCCUGUCCAUUCUGUCUAUGAACUUGUCUGAAGGACCAUGCAUAUAUUAAAAAAGGGACAAAAAAGUCUCUGCACAUAUUACAUAAGGCUUCUGUGAAUUUUUAAUCAUGCCAAUAAACAUACACAUGUAUAAAAUAGUAAGCAAUGGGUGAGUUAGGAAGAGGAAAUUCAGCCAAAACUAUCAUUUUGGCUGGAAGAUUUUGUGCAAAUAGGUGGUAAUAUUUCCUAUUUAUGAUUUAUAGGAAAGCUCUCCCAAACUGUUGAUUAUUCUCCAAGUGUUAGAAUUAUUUUCUUAAAAUUUAGAUAACAGUAGGUUUGAGAUGGUAGGGCUUUUAGUUUAUUUUGCCUUAUUGUCCCUCCCCCUACAAGAGUUCCCCAAAUCAAAUAUUAAUUGAUCUUCUAGAUUUCUUGGUGCUCAAGAUUCUUAGCUUCACAGUUGGAUUGCCAAGCACAAAAUGAAAGAAUGCUUACUAUUUUGAAUGCUGUAAUUAUAGAUAUAUAUAUAUAAACAAAAUGUCUGUUGAAUGUUUAACUGGUAAAAUAUAAUUCUGCCAGAGGGAUUUUUUUUGGGGGGGGGUAAUUUCCUUUGGUGGAAUAAACACAAGUAAAUCCAGUUUCCUGAAAUGAAUAUUCUGUAAUAGUGUUUUGUUUUUCCCUGACCAUAAAGACUGGGAAUAUUUGUAGGCAUGCCAUAAUCAUUUUCUGCCCACUCUGUAUGGCUGGGGUCAUGGGCCAGUCUUCCCGCCCAACCCAACAGAACAACAACCGUCAGUAGAACUGCAAAGAACAUAAUGAGGUCAUACUUAAAAAUAGUAGAGUUGCAAGAACAAUAUCUUUUGUUUAAAAAACUGGAUCAAUGGGGAAAGAAGGUUUAACACCCCUCCCCAUCCCAUUACUAUUAUACUUCCAGUGGGGAGAUGUGGUUGUAUGAAUGGUGAUGUGUGUGUGUUGGCUGUGUAUGUGUAGUAUCGGUUCUAUCCAUUCAUGCAACUAUCCAAAACAUUCUGUGGAGACCAGUGAACAUCUAAGGGGGAAAAAUGCCUUUCUCUGCCCUAACAUUAACCUUUAAUAUUUAACUAAGUCAAAGGAAAAUGAGUGUUGAGUAUUGAUAUUGCCUUCUUCUUUCUUAGUAGUCUUACUCUGGAUACAUCUCUCUUACUGAUGUCAAAUUACAUGUAAAGCUCAGACAAGUGUUGAAGUGUUAGUGCCACUUUAUAAUGCCUUGGUAAGGCCACACUUGGAAUAUUGCAUCCAGUUUUGGUCUCCACGAUGUAAAAAAGAUGUUGAGACUCUAGAAAGAGUGCAGAGAAGAGCAACAAAGAUGAUUAGAGGACUGGAGGCUAAAACAUAUGAAGAAUGGUUGCAGGAACUGGGUAUGUCUAGUUUAAUAAAAAGAAGGACUAGGGGAGACAUGAUAGCUGUGUUCCAAUAUCUCAGGGGUUGCCACAAAGAAGAGGGAGUCGGGCUGUUCUCCAAAGCACCUGAGGGUAGAACAAGAAGCAAUGGGUGGAAACUGAUCAAGGAAAGAAGCAACUUAGAACUAAGGAGAAAUUUCCUGACAGUUAGAACAAUUAAUAAGUGGAACGACUUGCCUGCAGAAGUUGUGAAUGCUCCAACACUGGAAAUUUUUAAGAAAAUGUUGGAUAACCAUCUGACUGAGAUGGUGUAGGGUUCCUGCCUAGGCAGGGGGUUGGACUAGAAGGCCUCCAAGGUCCCUUCCAAUUCUGUUGUUAUGUUAUGUUAUGUUAUGUUAAGUUACUUUGUUAAAAAAAUAUGUUUCUCCUAGCAACACAAACAUAUUAAUCAAGUUGUUCAUUAAGAUGAACUACAGAGACCAGCAUGGUUUUAAACUUCUGAUUAAAUUCAGCAUUAUGUGGAAUAGGUUCCUUCUGUAUUCAUGGUUUUAAGUAUCACCUGAUGUUAAAGUUAAACAGUAAGAUGGAAAUGUUAGCAAUAAAGUUACUGAUUACCUUUUAACCAGCCAAUUAAAAACAAAGAAGAACGCACAGUCUUCAAGAAAAUAUUCCCGAAUUAAUUAAGUUACCAGUUGGAUAAAAAAUAGAAUGUUAUUUUGUCUAACAAGCGUAGAACGUAUGACAUUGGUUCUGAGUUACACCGGAAGAUGUUACAUUGGUAUUCUCCAGGGUUUGUAUGCUUAGUUUAUCUAUACCUGGCUUUGACAAGGUUUAAAAUAGGAUUAUCAGAUUUGCAGGUGACACAAAGGAGUUAUAUACUGAAUAACUUGGGAACCAGUAUCAAGAUUCAUGAAAAUCUCAACAAUUUCAGUUUCAACAAGGACAAACACAAAAUCCUUCAUUUUUGUAAGUAAAAUCAAAAGCAUAUGUGUAGGGUAUGCAUCAGGACAUAUGAAAAGGAACUGUCUCUUGGUGAAUCUCAAAUGAGGCAUGAACCAACACUGAUAUAGCUGUUGACAUGGUGCUAGCCUGCAUCAACAGUAGAUUGUCAAAUUAGUAAAUCAUUGUUCCUCUCUAUUCAAGUUAGUAAGACCCUAUCCGGAUCAUUGAGUCCAGUUCUCAGCAUGGCAUUUUGGGAAGGACACUGACAAGUUGAAAUUUUUUUUGAGGAAAAUAACAAGAUACUAAGAAUCUUGGAAGGAAAAACGUAGUUGGCAGCACUCAGAAUGUUUAACCUGGAGAAGAUAGCUAUUUGUUCAAGUACAGGUGGUCCUUGUUUAAUGACCACAUCUGGGUUUGGCAUCUUGGUCAUUGAGCAGAUGUGAUGAUUUUACUUCAGGUUUCUUUUGCAUUACAGACAGAAGAAGGUCAUAAAUGGGAGGACUGGUCACACAGUUACUUUUUCUUCACUGUUAUAACUGAAUGGUUGCUGUACGAGGAUAUCGCUAAACAAGGACCAUCUGUAUCUGAAGAACUGUCAUGGAGAAGACAGAGUAGAUUUCUUCAGCGUUAUUUCAGGAAAUAGACACAAAAUUGGUUUUAAUUAUGAGAAAGCAGAUUUUGAUAGGUCAUCAGGAAAAAAUUCCUACCUUCAGCAAUGGGAGAGUCUGCCUCCAGAGAUGGUGGCCAUUCUUUUCCUGGAAGUAUUUCAACAGAGGCUGGAAGGCCAUCUAGAGAUGCUUUAGUUGUGGAUUGCUAAACAAGGGGUUGAACUGGGAGCAUGUAGCAUUAGUAACUGAAGUGUGCAGCUACCAUAUGAGACCACAAAAGGCCUGCAUCACAUAUAAAUAUUGUAAACCUCUCAAAGGAAAGUAGCUCUUCAUCUUCAUGCUAAUUGAACAGAGCAAACUGCUUAUCUGCUGUCUGUGGGCCAUUUCCCACCGAUGAGUUAAAGUAUUACUCAGCCAUUCAUGAGAACAGAAAACUAGACUGGCAUAAAAUUUGCUCCCUACCCCCUUUGCUGAUUUCUCUAUUGCCUCUAUUGCCUCUUUCCAACUCAUUGCAAUCAUUUAACUUCCUUCCAGGUUAAGGAAUGGAUAAUGAGUGACAAAGCCUCCUAAAUUUUAUACCAGAGUUUUUGAAACUCUUUUCCACAAAAUCCUCGGCUUCUUCGGGAAGCUAAGAGCAUGUGCAUGCCCACACACACAAAUUCACUCAGGUACAGCCAGUUAUCACUAGAGCAUUGCCUCUUGAUCACAGUUCCUAGAAUUAUUUUUUAACUAACCAGUUCCACAGGCUGAUUUUUUUUGGGGGGAAAACUCCUAUUUUAUAGCUCUUAUGGCUGCUCAUGUAUGACAUUUAACAUUUAAGCCUGUCCCAGAGCUGGGGAGGCACUGCCAAGAGAAUACAUUAAGCAACAACAAAAAGACGUUAUAUGUGUGUUGUAGUUCAGUACAAGUAGAGAAAGACUUGAUCCCUACAUAAUACUACAAAUCAUUGCUGAACAAACGGUUUUAGGUUGACAACUACCCUUAUCAGCAAAGGAUGAGUAUUUUACUAGUAAAAAAAGAAUAAUUAUUUUAUAAUCCAAGCCCAACUACAGGUAGUUUUCAAUUUACAACUAUUCGUUUAAUAACUGUUACAACAGCACUGAAAAAAAGUAAUUUAUGAAAGUUUUUCAGUUAAUGACGAGUGCAACAUCCCCAUAGUCAAUUAUGGGCUCAAUUAUGGUCAAGGACUACCUGAAAAACUUCCCAAUUUGAUUUUAGCUGAAAAUUCUUCUCCAUGAAUAAUUGAAGUUCUGAGGAAUGGACACCAAUUUGGCUCUUGGAAUAAGCAAAGGAGAAAAAUAAAUUUCUUUUAUUCUGCACCCAGGACAAUAAACAGGAUUUGAGGCUGUAUGAAUUGCUUCAAUCUAGAGGGGGGAGAAAGAUACCCUCUGCCUGAAUCCGCUCUCAACGAAGAAAGAAUCUUCUAUGUCAACAAGUACAGUAAUAGAGCAUACAGGUAGCCCUCAAUUUACAGCCUUUUGUUUAGUGAUCUAAGUUACAACGGCACUGAAAAAAGUGACUUAUGACCUGUUUUUACAUUCAUAACCAUUGCAGCAUCCCCAUGGUCACGUAAUUAAAAUUCGGGCACUUGGCAACUGGCAUGUAUUUAUAACAAUUGUACUGUCCCAGGGUCAUGGGAUCACCAUUUUGAAUGUUCCCAGGCAGCUCCCAACAAGUAAAGUCAAGAGGGGAAGCCAGAUUUCCUUAGUGACCACAUGAUUGACUCAACUACAUUGAUUUGCUUAACAAGUCGCAAAAAGGUCGUAAAAUGAGGCACAACUCACUUAACAACUGCCUCACUUAGCAAUGGAAAUUAUGGGCUCAGUUGUGGCCAUAAAUGAAGGUCAUAAAUGUUGAUAUGGACAAGUUUCAAGGAUGCCUCUGUCUCACUAAGAGGCCUAUUAUAAAACACAUAUUUUCAGGGAGAGCCACAAUAUAAAUUCACCAUUUACCAUAAAACAAUACGGUAAAUACAAUUAACCUGGAUUAAAUCAGGCUGAUAGGAGGAAAAGGUUUAAAAUUAUAACCUUGAAUUUCAAUUUAACACCAAUUUAUUUUAGCCCAAUAGUCCUUUUCUUGUUCAAAAGUCACAGUUGAGCUGGAAUCCAAGUAGAAGCAGCUGAAGUAAAACCCAAAUAAGCACAGUUAGGCUUAUUUAUAACAUUAGCAGCAUCUAAUUAAUGUUAGUGUUUCUUGGAAAAAGCAAAGCAUUUAGAUCCAGUUAGUGCUUAGAUAGGGCGCAAAGUCAAUUCGGUACAGAUUUUCAUUGAACUCAACAGUACAAAUAUGAUUCAAUGAACAGGAAGAGAUGCCAAUUAAAUCCAACUUUAUGUUUUCUACCUAAUAUACAAAAAAUAUAGGAUUUUCUAUAGGAAAGUCUACUUGGGAACAUAAUUUUAUCUAAUUUCAUCUUCCUCCUUUUUGUACUAACUUCUUACCCAACUCAGGGGUAUCAGAAUGAUUUCUGGAAAGCAAAUCUUUUUUUCUUAAGAAAAGAAAGAAAUGAUCAGUCACCGUGCAAUUGAAUCACUCCCUCUGUAGAGUUUUAUGGAAUCUGAUCACAUUUACUAGCUGGGACACUCAUUUCAGCAAUCUGUGAUUGGUUAAUCAUUGCUUGAAUAACUGAAUUCACAAUAUUAAGCUAAAAUAAAACAAAUACUAUGGUUUCAUACUAUGUAUGAGUCCAGCUGUGUAUACAAUAGAUGAAUUUGAGUUUCUGAAGAAAAGAAUUAAACACAUAAUCCUUCACACUGGUGCCUGAUAUAGUACAGACCAGAGAAAAUUUAUAAUUGAAACACUUAAUACUUGAAACAUGUAAAAGAGGAUUAUUUAAAUAUAGUUUUGAAU